ACGGAUGAAUGGGAGGAAGGAUAUAUACCURAGUUCUGCCAAUGCGGCGCAAGGAGGCAUGCCGAGUUCCUCAACGCUGCCACCAUAAAGAUGCUCCCAGAGGAAGGUACCUUGCACGUCGUCACCAAUGACACCGACAUUACAAAUAAUGGCCAGCUGCAGCUCAUGCUCAAUGCGGGUCUGAACCACAUUCCACUCAGGGCGCUCGAUGAGGAKUUUGCACUGGACGAAGUCAAGGUGGCACUGGAUAAGAUACUGACCACACGAAGAYGCGAUGAGGAGCUGUCCUUGGGGGAGGAGAGGCGAAUCAAGACGUUGGCUCGGGAGAAUGCGAAGAAGCGCGUCAAGAGCUUUCGGACGAAGCAUAUGCAUAUUACAGGCGAGCCUAUUAACAGCACGGCAGUGAGAAGCGAGAUCGACUGGCUGACAAGUCGAUAUCUGGUCUAUCCGACGGACAAGGCGCCACACACCCCCACGUUCGUGUGCAUCAACCUUAUCAGGAAACUAGCAUUGCAGAGGCUUUCGGGGUCGGACUUCAUACCGCUCCCAGAUUCACCGGAGCAGGUGGCGGCAAGGCUGGUACAAGAAGCGGCAGCCUUUACUCACGAAGGGCACGAGGCACUACCGCUCCCACACCUCAUGACCGUGUACAAGGCGCACAAGCAAUCAUUAAGGUGGAUAACGAACUCUGCAGGAUCGGUACUCUCCCCGGUGGCGGACAUUUGUGAUAGACUGUUGAAGCGCCUAGCUCCGGAUGUUCAGGCCCUCUGCACUAGCAGGGCAGAAGAGGUGCAUGCCGAGUAGGGGUUUAAACCCAUCUUCUGGUGGCCGAUCUCCUCGAUCGGGGAAUUCGUCGCCAACCUCCCGCA